GGGCUUGGUCCAAAAGAAAGAAGUGAUUGUGAAAUUCAAAAAUCUAAGAAGCUCUUACUGUCAGUAGUUAAAAGAAAAUCUGAUAAUGCAAGAUCUGGAAAUGGUACAAAUGAUAUCUACAAAAUAAAAUUAUUCUGGUUUGAGGAGAUGAACGCAUUCAUUAAUUCAACUGUUCAACAACGAACCACAAUCGUAUCUGGUAACUAAUAUUUUACAUUAUUUUUGUUAUAUAAUAUAAUAUAAAUUAUAUUAUUUUAUAUGUUUAUCAUAACUAUAAAAUAAUCACAGCACGACAGUUAUAAAUGUAUAGAAUUUGUUCUAUAUUUAUAUUAGUAACUAUAUGUAUAUGUGUAUUAUGAUUUUAUAAUUUCAUCAUUAUUUUUACUAGAAGAGCAUGCAAUGGUGUUCUAUUUAUAACAACAUAAAUUAGAAUUAGCUACAUUAUUAUUAUUUAUUUUACCAAUUGUCAGAGUUUAAUGGAAAAAUAUAUUACAAUUAAUUAAAAUAAUUUAAACUGAUUUGGUUUUGCCAGGGAAAGGCUUCUUCGUUAUUAAAAUAAUCACAAUAUUUAUCUCGUGUUUCUUGUGCUUUCAUAUUGGGAUAUCUGUGGUUAGUUGCUGGUAUAUUCUGUAAUCCAUUUGUACAUUGACGCCAUGAUCCAGGGAAAACAUGGUGAUUUUCAUCUUCAUAAUCAAUUAGAUCUCCCAUAACAUAUCAUGGGUUAGUUUUUUUCAACCAAUUAUGAAUUUCACAGCAUGCGAGAGCAACUUUAUCCAGUGUUUCUAAUAUUAAUGAAAUCGGUUUUUUAAAUAAUCUAAAUUUACUUACAAGUAUGCCAAAGGCAUUUUCGACUACAGGUCUCUUUCGAGAGAAACAAGAUAAUUGUAAAUUAUCUCUGCUUGAGACAUAUUGUAUCAACUGUAAGAUUUCAUUAAAUAUUUUUUCAACAGAAAUGCGUCAUCAGCCAAAAUAAUGAAAUCUUUUGGUAUUACAAGUGAAUUAGUUUCGAAAGCAUUGUAUAAAGUACUAUUUUAAAAUAUACCUCCAUCUGAUUCCCUUCUUUUAGCUCUAACAUCGACAUACCAAAAACAUUAACCUGAAUCCACCAAAGCCAGUAACACAAUACUGUAACUGUUUUUAUAAUUAAAAUAAUCUGAGCCACUUCUGGGAGGAGCACCUAUGACGAUAUGUUUACCGUCUAAAGCUCCUACAAAUCCGGGAAUGUUCCACCACGUUCUAAAACCAUAUUCAUUCAGUGUUUUUCCAACCAUCUGUUGUUGUAGGAACCUGAAAAAUUAAUAUUAUUAUAUAAAAAUACGAAAUAAUAGUGUAAAGGUCAUUAAAACACUAAGACUAAUUAUUAUUAAUAUUUUAGAUAUUCCCCAAAGAUAAUUCCGACGAGACUCCUAAAGAAAGUUAUGAAGAAACCCCAAUAGAUAGUCAGUACAAAGAACCAAAUUUUGAUUAUAAUUCUAGUAAAAGUUGAGGUCACAUCACAAAAUGUAUCAAAAAUAGAUACAUCUAAAGACAGUAAAAAGAAAGAUUGAACAAUCUUCAACAUUGAAAAAUAAAAAAAACUACUCAUGAUCAUGAAAUAAAUUUUAUGACAAGUGCUAUAGAUAAAUUACGGGCAAUUUCAAAUCGUGCAUCACAAGUCACUGUAAAUAAAGAAGACAGUUAUGAUCUUUUCGGUAAAUAUAUAGCAUCUAUUUUACGAUGUAUAGGACCACUAACAGUUAUCAAAUUGCAACAAAAUAUCAUUAAUAUUGUUACAAACAUUUAUGUCAACCAGAAUAUAUCAUAACUGAAUAUUCAAUGUCAGAAAGAACAAAUGCAAAUAGUGGAAGACAAUCAAAUUUAAGUACUUUUUUGCAUAGUAAUGAAGAUUAUGUUUCAUUAUUUACAGAUUUAUAACUAAAUACAUAAAAAUUCACUAAUUUUAUUAAAUAAUUAUAAUUUCAUAAUAUAAACCUACUCAUUGUUUUGAAAAUUUAUUUAAUUUCAUAUUUAAAUUUUGAAGUAAAAUAUUUAAUUUAAAAUUAAUAAAAAAUUACUUUUAAGGCAUAUUGUAUUAUUUUACUUACUUGUAUGAAUUUUGUCAGUACAUUAUAAUUUGCUCUACAGGUAUAUGGAAUAAAUUAACUUAUUAUGUUUAUUGUGUUUCUAAUUUUGUUUUUUGUACUGAUUGCUUGUUUCAUGUUUGUGUCAGAUUUUGAAAUGAGAUUUGCAACACUCUGUAAGAGUUAUUCAAACUGAGAUUCAGUCAUUCACAGAAAGUUUCUAAAACCAUCUGGAAAACAGCUUUUUAAUUCUGUAUUGACCUAAUUUGAUGCUCUUAACAUUUUUCUUCGCAGUAUCCAUUCACUAACCCAGAAGCAUUUUUUUUUUUCGUUUUCCGGUCAUUGUGUCUCGUAGAUGAUCAAUCUUUAGCUAAUAUAGUACAAAAAAAAGAACUCAUAACGGCACAGCUUUCUACAACUUACUCAUGCAUGAUCGACGUUUCGAUGUAAACUAAACUUGUGAAAAAUAAUGACCACCACGAACGCGAAAUCGUGUGAACUAUUCAUUGAUUUUACACUUUCGUAUUUAUCACGAAAAUAAUUUAAAAUUAUUAGCGUGGGUCAUUCCCCGUGGGAACGCGGCAUAAUACUAAUAAUCCAAGAAAUUAUGGUCCCCCACUGAGAUAGAUAAUAAUAUAUUAAUAUACACGGUCUUAGAUUAUUAUCUAUCUCAGUGCUGCCCCCUAUCCGUGGAAGUUGUUUGCUUUAUCUUUAAGACAGCCCUGUCUUAUUAUUAAGAUGAUAUGUACCAUGGUUGAAAAUUUGUGUUUAUUUUGAUAAUAAAUUAUUUACUCAAUAAAAAUGUAUAAUAUUCUAAUAAUUAUUUAAUUUUUUUUUUUUUAGAUACAAACUUUAGAAAUGUUCUGUGAUAUAAAUAUUCCAAAUAAAUGUAUCAGUUUAAAUUUUUAUUUUAAGGAUUAAAAUAUUAUGGAAUGUGUAAUUGCUGUUCAUGCAGGUAAAUAUAAAUUUAAACAUAAUUAGUAACAAUAGUUUCUUAUUGUUAUACAUUGUUAUAAUAUAUUUGAAAGUAUUAAAUUAAUUAACCUUCUAAUAUUGAAUUUUUUUCUUUAAUGAUUUAAGACUAUAAUAAUUGUAACAUAUGUUUAUUUAUGAUUUUUACAGGUGCUGGUUAUCAAAAACCUACUAGAGAAUCAAAUUAUAAAAAAAUUUGUAUGAAAGCAUGUAAAAAAGUUUGUUCAACUUCUAUUUGAUGUAAAUAAUUUUAUAAAAAAAGUUUAAAUUUGUUAAGGGAUUAGAGGUGUUACAAAACAAUGGUUCGGCAUUAGAAGCAGUUUCUGUGGCAACUAUGGUUUUAGAAGAUUCUCCUUUAACUAAUGCUGGUUAUGGAUCUAAUUUAACAUGGAAUGGAUUUGUAGAAUGUGAUGCUAGUGUUAUGGAUGGAUCAAAUAUGCACUAUGGAGGUGUAGGUGCAGUUUCUGGUAUAAAAAAUCCAAUCACUCUUGCUAAACUCAUUUGUGAAAAACAAAAUUUUAAAAUGUCAUUUGGAAGAAUUCCUCCAUGGUAUAUAAUCGCUAUGAUCACUUAAAAUUUAAAGCUUUGUUUAUUUACUUUACUAUGUUUUUUUUUUUGUGGUUUGUAGCAAAUAAGUCAUAUUUAUUAAUUUAGGGAAAUAUUGGUAUAACGUUUGUUUUAUUAAAGUUUACCAUACAAAAAUUAAUUAAAUCAAUAUAGAUUAAUUCAUCUAAUUUCAUUAACUGAUUAAUAAAAUUAGUCUUAAAAAUUAUACUUUUUAAUUAGGUGGUUAUACUUAUUAGAAAGUGAAAUAUGAAUUUAGCAUUAGAUAAAUAGAAUUAAGAAUGAAUGUAUAUCAAUAUAAUAAUACCAUAAUGGUAAUCCAGAGGGAAUAGCAAGUAUAGCAGAAAACAUGAGAGAGAAAUAUAGAUGGUAUAUGCUUAUUUAAAUUUAGAAUAGGAGAAAUGGUUAGAUGGCUACAAAGAUAUGUAAAUUCAGUAGUGUAAAACGAAACCAGGAAAAAGGGUAGUGUUUAUUACGAAAUUUUAAAGGAAUAUGGAAUAAAUGAGGAAUGGUGAUAGAAACCAAGAAAAAAAAAUAAUCUAACCCUUAGAAGUAAACCUCAUAAAGUGAGUGAACAUUGGUUACUAAACUAUCCUUUUGAUUCAGUCAUAUUUUAUAUUAUACAUUUAAAUUUGAAUAUUAAAAAUAUUGUAUCAAAAAAAAAAAAAAAAAAAAAAAAAAAUACAAAUAUAAUAAAAUUAAAAACAUACAAAUUAAUUUAAACUAAUUAAUUAAAUUUGAAAUAAUUAACGACAUCCAAAUGACCAAAAUAAUAAUUGACGUAUAAUUGACCCAAAAUACUGAUUCAAUUAUGAAAUAUUAGGAAUAAGCUAUGCGUGUUAUUUUUAUAUUUUAUGUAAUAUCUGCAUCAUAUAUUAAAUUGAGUAUAGAUAUAUCGUUUUAUCUAAUUAUCUAACCUAGUUUUAGAAUGUCUAUUAGAUUCUGUGUGGAGCAAAGAAGCUUGUGGUUUUACAAAGAUGUUUAUUUUAUUUUAUUUUAUUAUCUGUGGAUAACUUUUCUACCUGGAAUCUUACUCUUAUUUUUAAGUGUAGCAUUUUUUCUGAAAGGAAAUCAGACUGGGGAGGUAUUCUAAAGUGGUAAUUUUUUUAUUUUCCCAAUAAAUUGGAUAAACCGGGAAAACAGGAAAAUAGUAGGUACAAUAUAAAACAAAUAUUAUUAAAGAAAAUAUAUAAUUUACAAUAUAUGUAAUAAUUUUACCAUAAUGUGACAUAUAUAUUGUUGACAAAACGUUAUCAACUGAACUCUGCUCAGAAUAAUUUUUUUUUGUUAUAAAUAGUUUAUUGUUGUUUACAUAUAUACAUUUAAUUUCCCUUUAUCUUACCUUCUCAACUUCCCUUCUACAACAAUGGCUGUACCCAUCCGCAUUAUCCUAGGACAGCUUAUAUGAUAGUACAUUUUCUUCUCCAUCACCUUCGUUUCAACUAUUUAGUGACACUUAUCAUUGUCCUAAACUUCCACUUGAUCCGGUCCCUUACAUUGUCCUUGCAUAUGCCCGCUAUCCUCAUUAUUCUCAAUCGCAUUUAAACACUUCGUUUUUGGUCUUCCUCCUCUCCCUUUUUCCUCCAGCGCCUUUUAAUAACAUUUUUACUGCUUAUGGUUUGUUUCUCCUCAUAACAUGCCCAAACCAUCUCAAUCUGUUUUCUAUCAUUUUGUCCACUAUCAAAGCCACACCUGAGCUACCUAGCUGCCUCCUUAUCCUAUCUUUUUUCAUUAUUCCAUUCAUCCAAAUAAAACAUUUUCAUCUCUACUACACUCAUUCUUUGUUCUAUUUUUUGUCUGCUACUAAACACUCCAAACUAUACAACUUAGCCAAUUUCACCAUAUUCUUGUAGAACUUACCUUUUAAGUUUAAUUGGAAUUAUCUUAUCACACUUUACACCUGACACUUUUCUUCUCUUUAUCCAAUCACUUAAUUCUAUUAAAUUAUUAAUAAUAAUAGAAAGAAAUUAAAUCUAAUACAACAGUUAGAAUAAUGAUAGGUAAAGGAUAAAAAAGGAAAACAUUAAAAUGAUGUAAAUAUUUAUUCAUUGAAAUAAUUUUACUAACUGAUUGUAUUAUAUUAAUAGUGAGCACAGAGUAUGCUAAAUAAUUUUUAAAGAACUGUCGGAAGUAGAAAAGAUGUUUGCUUUGUAUAUUGUGAGGAUUUAUUUUAAUGGAAAUUAGACCAAGAAAAAAAGUAUUAUUAAUCUUAUUUAUCAAUUUCUUUUAUGUUUUUAAAAAUUGUUAGCUUUAAUAUUUUUGAUUAAUCUUGGAUGCAUUUAAAUUAUUUCUAAAAUGUGAGUUUUACGAUCAUCCCAUUUUCUUCAUUUGUACUUAACCGAAAUCAAUAAAUGAGGUAUACAUUUAAAGACCAAGUCCCCCAUUCUAAUAAAUUUGUAAAAUCUUUCAUUUGUUUAAAAAUUAAUGUUUGACUCUACAGUUCUUUCCUUAGAUGAGUACAAAUUUUAGUUAAAUUAUGAAUUUGUUAUAUAUUUGGUGAUGUAAAUAUACUUUUGAUAUAAUAUAUUACUGGUUUACGAAACUUUGAAUUAUUAGACUGUAAUUAUGUCAGCAUAUUAGAUGAAAAAAAUGUAUAAUGUAAUGUAUAAUAAUACUAUCAUUAAUUUUAGUUUAUUAGUUGGUCAAGGAGCUCAUGAAUAUGCAAUACAAAAUAAUAUUAUAGCGAUUGAUCCAAUUAAUUUAAUUUCAGGUACUAAACAUUUUUAUUCUGAAAUGUAUAUUUAUUGUAUAUACAGAUUAGAGACCGAACAUAGACUCCAAUUUUUCUGAGUUAAAUUCUAAAAAUUGAUACAAGAUAUAAAUAAAAAAAAAUUUUAUUUAUUGGAAGUAUAUAAUAUAAUAAGGUUUUUUUUCAAAAUUAUACCUUCUAAAAACUGGCCUUGAGAGACAAUGCAAGUAUGAAGCAGUUGCUGUAAGUUUUUUAUCACUCUUGUUUUCCUUAAAAAUAUAUUGAGAAAUUUUGAUAAUUUUUUCAAAAAGUGCCACAAUUGUUUAAAAAUCUUAGCUAUGAUUACCCCAUAGAAGAAAUUUACUGAGGAGCAAAGAAGUCAUGCUAAAUAGAGUGAUAAAAAACUCCAAAAACGGUUCCAUAUGUGAAUUGUCCAUCAAGAUAAACAUUUAGAAGAUAUAAAUAUCAAUCUUUUUAAAUUUAUCUAAGAGAAUAUGGGAAUCUAUUACUUCACGCUCUGUAUAUAUUUAUACUUAUACAUAAUAUUUUUUAGAAAAAGCAAAAAGGGACUUUGUUCACAGUAAAUAUAAAAUUAUGAAUCAAAAGUGCAGUUAUGUUCAGGUUAGUUUAGUUUUAAAAUAUUUCAAUACAUUUUUUUAUAUAUUACCUAUACAUAAAUAUAUUUAUAAUAUUCAAAUUUAUCCUUUAGGUUGAAAAUUCAAAAUUAGAUACUGUAGGAUGUGUUAGUUUAGAUAAAUUUGGAAAAGUAGCUGCUUCAUCUUCUAGUGGUGGAAUUAUAUUAAAACAAGAUGGUCGUGUUGGACAAGUAAAUAUACCUAUAUAUAUAUAUAUAAUAUUAUGGCAUAUUCACAUAGUGCAUUAAUUAAUCUGUUCAUAAAACGAAAAUCUAUUUCAUGAACUUUGUUCAUAAUGUACAAGUUUUUUUUUGGAGAAUGUAAAGGACACAAAUUUUAUAUAUUUUCGAAAAAGGAAAACAUUUUAAUUUAUACUUUAGAGCAGGGACUCACCAUUUUACUUGAGCAGGCCAUAUUUGCUAUCACUUUUUCAUUGAGAGCUAAUUACAAAAUUAAAAUAAACAUAAUUAAAAAUAAAAUUUUAACAUAUAAUAUUAUGUAUGAAUAGGAACAAUCAUAGUAUGAGUUUCACACGAGGUCGUCCUUAUUAACUAGAUUUGAAUAAAAUAUAUAAUUAAAGACAAUUAUAAAAUUAAAAAAAUAUAUGUUUGUUAAUUCUUGAGUGCAAAAGGAUAUAAAUAUUUAAUUUCUUUAUUUUUUUAAUAUUUAACUAUUGAAAAUGUCUUCUCACAAAAACUUUUAAUACCUUUAAAAUCUAUUUCGUAAAGACUUGAAUAAAAAGUUUUUAGUUCAUUACUUUCUAUAAAUUCAAUUUUAAGAAUAUUGAUGUUUUGAAAUUUCUAUGACUUCCAUCUAUAAAUUAGAUUCAAUGUCAUCAGAAAAAUGAUUUUGAAACAACUUGAUUUUUUCUUGUAAAGUCAGAAAAUCGUAUUAAAAAUUAAUUUUGUAAGUUUUCAAUUAUAUUUAAAAAAUUAAUUUUUAUAGUUUCCCAAUAGGAAAUUGAUUUGAAUGAUUUUAGUACAAUUUAAGAUAUAAAAUUUAAAUUUUAAACACCAUGAUAUUACAUAUUUAGAGGACUGCAGAAAAAAGUUUUGUGCUCUGCAGAUUGUCGGUGCCUCCUUUAGAGGUAACUUUUUACUUUUUUAAAGUUAUCUCAGUUGUAAACAUUGUAAAUAAAAAUGUCUACUUAGACAUAAUUAUUGUUUUCAAGCUUCAGUUAUAAGUGUUGUCAAUGUCAUAAUUUAACAAACUCAAUUUCCAUUUCACGAGAUGUACACAAUUUGUAUUCAUUUCAUUGACGAAUAAUCAGUGGUUUCAGAUAAUAUUAAUAACCCAAUCAAAUCCCACUAUAUAAAAGAAAUUUAUUUAUUUAUUAACGUUACAAAAUUAAUAUAAGUUGAUUAACCAUAUAACUAAAAAUCUUUUAAAUGUAUUGAUACUAAUAGCAAUUAAUUAUUUGUUAUCAAUCUUUAAUGAAGUUAUUCAAAAUAAAAAAUUAACAUAUUCUGUAUAUACAGUUAUCACUGUUUUUUCAUUCGUCUAUUGGACUCCAACAGUUCCAAUGUACAUGUAUAAUAGGGUGGCUCUAGUCUAUAAAUUUAAUUUUUAAUUUUGCCUUUUCUUAAAUUAUACUUUUUAAUAUUAUUUGAAUACGCUUAAAACAAUGUAUAAGAAGUUUCAAGUGAAUUGAAAAAACUUAAAUAGUGCCACAAAAGAGUUAAAGUUGUCUAAUUAUACUUUUUUAAGAAAAUAGCAUAUUUUUCUUAGAUUUUAAGCAUAGUAUAUUAAAUAAUGGUACUAUAAAAAAAUGAUUGUACAUAAUUUGUUUAGAAAAGUAUAUUACAUAAUUUAUAAUAUGGAACAUUUUUUUCAUAAAUUUAAUAUUUAUCUAGAAAAUUAUAUUUUAAAAAUAAUCAUUGGUAAAAUAUUUGUUAAUAUUAAAUGAUGUUAAAUAUACUAGGACAUCGAUAACAAGACAAUAUUCGUAUGAUUAUCAUAUUCAUUUUUGAAAAGAGAGCUUACAGAAAAUAUCUGUAAGGAAUAUGAAUUGUCAAUUGAUGAUGCAGUUAUUCUUCACUGGGAUGGAAAGCUAUUAUCUGCAUUAACAGGGCAAAAAAUGUUAAUAGACUUCCCAUUGUAGUUUCUUAUAAUUGUUAUGAUCAAUUACUUUGAGUCCCAGCUAUUAAUACUAGAACAGGGAUUGACUAGGUGGAUGCAAUUUUUCAUAAUAUGCUCAACGAUUGGUGUGUCACAAAAAAUGUUCAAGCUUUUUGUUGUGAUACUGUGCUUUAAACACUGGCCAAAUUAAAGGUUCUUGUGUUUUAUUAGAAAAUUACAUAGACCGUAACAUUUUAUAUUUACCAUGUCGUCACCAUAUCUAUGAGUUAGUUUUUAAAAGUGAUUUUGAUAAAAAAAAUUAUGUACAACAUCUGGUCCAAAUGUACCAAUAUUUAAAAGUUUUCAACAAUAUUAGAAAAACAAUUAUUGAACAAUUUGAACCUGAUACUAUAAAUGAAUAAAUACAAAAAAAUGUGAGUAAUGUGUGUUCUGUUAUAAUUUAUUUUGUAGUUAAUUAUUUACUAAUCAAGCAUCCAAAGGAAUAUUAUAGAGAGUUGUUAGAAUUGGCGGUUAUUUUUUGGAAGAGUGCCUCUCGAGAAAUUUCUUUUAGAAUACCCGGAGCCAGCCAUCCAUCAUGCCAGGUGGAUAAGCCAUAUACUGUUAAAAAAUAUUUUUAUUCCGAAGUCAAUUUCAUUUAAAACUGAAAGAGAAAAAAUAUCUAUUGCCCGUGUAUGUGUUUUCAUUAUUUGACUAUACAUAAUAGCCUGGUUUGUUGCACCUCUGGCUUCGAGUGCACCUUACUAAGAUCUAAAUUUUUAAAAGAUUUAUUAAGAUCAAUCUAUUGAUUAAAGUAUAUUUAAAUGAUGAUUAAAAAAAAUGUGUGGCCAUUUAUGGUAUUUAUCACCCGAGGCAGCUGUGUUAUCAUUGUUCGAUCAACCUAUUAGUAGAUGCAAAAGAAAAACGAUAGCAGCUCUUAAGAUGGAUUCAGAAGAAGAUAAUAUAAACCAAUAUGUUUUGAACUCAAAAGAACCUAUUGAGAUAUUAAAUAAAGCCCUUGAAGGUUUUAUUUGUGUGAAGAAUUAAUUUUCAAUGCAAUUUUUUAUUAAACGUUUCAAAAUAAAUACUGACUUUUUUACGGCUGAUUCAUAAAAAUGGGACAAUGAUGAAAAUUUUUAAAAAUCUACUGCCAUUGUCACCAAUAUAAAUGUAAUCAAUAAUAUAACUGAAGGAGGAGUUAAACUUAUAAAGAAAUACAAUACAAAAAUUAUCCAUGAUGAAAUUCAAAAACAAUAUUUGUGUGCAACUAUUGUAAUAAAUACCCAGACUCCAAGAAGUGUACCAUUUUAGAUAAAUAGUUAUAUAAAAAUUAAAACUUUGAAUAUAAAUAUUAAUAAAAUUAUGAUUUUUUUUAAAAUAUUGCACAUUUAUUUAAAAUAUUAAUUAAUAAUGUCAUUUUUUUUCAAAAAAUAUUAGUUUUAUGAUAAAAUAUAUAAGAUUAAAAAAUACACUAAAUGUUUAUUUAAAUAAAUUAUGUACUUAUACUUUUUUUGAUACAGUUAUUAUUACUUGUGCUAUGCUUGAAACAAAAUAGGAAUAUGCGACUUUAACCCUUUUGUGGCACGGGUUAAUAUUAUCCAAUUCUCUAGAAACUUUUUAUACAUCGUUUUUGUAAGUAUUCAAACCAAUUUAGGUUGUAUAAUUAACGAAUUUUCAAAGUUCAGUUAUGCUUACAAAUAUCUAAUCUAAUACAUCUUAUAGUAGAUAACAAUCAACAAUAUUAUAUAAAAAUGAUUUACAUAAAUAUGUAUGAAAUAUAAAUUGUUCAAAUUAACUGGCUGUCUGAACUAGCAAUAACUGUAUUAGUGAUACUCUACUAUAUUAUAUAACAAUACAUUUGUUAUAAAAAAAAGUAUUUAAACUUUAGUUAUAAGUUUUAAAUAAUGAUUUGUUUUGGAAUUUUCCAGAUAAGAUACUAUAUAUUGUUACUAAAUAAAAUUAAUGAAAAUUUUUAGGCUGCAUUAUUGGGAUCAGGAUGUUGGGCCCAAAUGACUGAUGAUGCUGCAACGGCAGUGACCACAUCAGGUUGUGGGGAACAUCUUAUUAAAACAAACUUAGCUAAAGAAAUGUCAAAACAACUUUUUAAUUCUUCUUGUCCAACAAUUGCAAUUAAUAAAUGCUUCAAUGAAGAUUUUAUACGUUAGUAAUAAAAACUAAGUAUUUUGUUUAAUUCAAAUUAUUAAAAUAAUUUUUUAUGAUAUUUCUAACAGAGUCUCCACUAUUAAAUGAUUGCAAAGAAAAACUUGCAGGUGUACUUGUACUAUAUAAAAAUAAAGACUGCUGUGAAAUAUUAAGUGCUCAUACUACAAAGUCAAUGUGUAUUGCUUAUGCUACUGAGCAUGACCAAAAAGUAUGUAUUCAAUUAAAAUAUAUUAUAAAUCUGAAAUCAGUAUGUGUAAUUAUAUACAUAAAGUAGAUGAAGAUGUAAUAUAGGCUUCUCUGCAUCAUCUUUUUUUCAUUUCUAUAAGUGAUGAUGAUACUACAAUAAAUUAUGUUCAAUGCUUAUAUAUUAUUAUGUAUUGUCCAUAUUAUUGCUAGUAAAUCACUAACAAAAAUCAAUAUACAAAUGUUUGGUUAUCUUACAGGAAAUCUUUGAUAAUCUAGUAAAAAAUCUUAGUAAUCAUUGGAAAAAUUAUGGUAUUCUGGAAUCUGGUGUACAAAUAUUUCAUAAUUGAUUUUUUAUUGUGGAUGGUUGUUUUAUUGUUCUUAUAACUAUGAACAAGAGGAUUUUUAGUUCUUUUUAGCAAUAAAAAGAUUCCUCUCUCCUCAGGACAUACCCAACCAUCUCAGUCUAUUUUCUCUCAUUUUGUUUACUAUUGAAGCCAUGGUUAAGCUAUCACUUAUGUUACUUAUCCUUUAUCUUUUUUCUCUCUACAGUUCGUUCCUUUGAAUCAUACAACAUAGCUGGUUUCAUCACACUAGUAUAAAAUUUAUUUUUAAGACGAAUAGGAAUUUCUAUAUAAAACACCUGUACACAUCUGACACUAAUAAAAUUAAUUAUUUCAAUAAAAUAUCAAUAAUACCCUUAAGAUAAGUUUUCCCUGCAGCGUCCAGACAAAGUAUGAAACGGUGUGUCUUUAGUUUUAUGCAUUUUAUGUAUAUAACUGUUUUCUUUUGAACAUUUGACGUUUAGCAUUUAAUGCUUGAUGCGGCAUCUGUCCUUAGCACUGGUCUUAGAUCAGUCAAUUCAUUAAAAUGCUUAUUUCAACAUGUUAAAAGAACAAUUAUUAAGAAAUCAUCAUUAGAUAACAAUAAUUAGUUUUUUUGAAAAACCUUUCCCUUUGACUGACUUAAGGAAAAAAAAAUUAUUAAUUGGGUUUUUCCUUUUUUUUAUUUUGUAUUAAAACAUAGUAAAGAAGUAAUCUAUCAUCAUCUUUUUUCAUUAAUGAUUCAUAUAUCAUGUUAUUGUUAUUUGAAAUUAUUUGUAUAUCAAUAUGAUUUAAAAUUUUGUGAAAAAAUGAGAAUAUUAAUUUUCAUGAAGAUAUAAUCAUAUGCGCCGGAUCACUGUAAAACGGCUAAUAAAUUAAAUAGUAAAUAUAUCAAAUAAGUAAAAAAAAAAAAACUGACGAAACGCGGCGUCUAGAAGUGUAAAUCAUGUCUCGACUCUGCAGAGAAAACAUACUUUUCAAAAUGUUUUUUAAUCAUCGGUUAUUUUUAGAGUUAUGUAAGUCGUUUAAUGACAAAUGCAUCUCCAGAAACAAGUGUUAUGGUGCAAGGAUAUCCAUUAUGAAGUUUUGAAAAUUAAUUGAAACAUUUCUAUUGUAUAAAAAAAAAUUGUAAUUAAACUAUAAAUAAUAACAUAAUAACAUAAAUGCAUUUAUUUUUUGUUUUAUUGAGUGUAGUGGCCCAAACAUAAGAGGAUUAGAGAUUAAAUCGUUUUAAUUAAUUUAAUUGUGUAUUUAAAAAUAUC